GGGGUGCUGCUGCGCGUGCGCAGGCUGACCUGCGCUGGAGUCUUCAUCUUUGCCGCCACGGCCGCCCAACCUGGAUUUAACUCGCGCGCUUUCUUGGGUUGCUCGCUGGGGGUUCGCGCCCCUCUCGUGCCCCUGGGCAGCGAGGCUGGGGAAAGGGUUUGAGGGGGCUGUUGAUCGCUGCCUUUAAGUUGUGCUCGGGGCGGCCAUGUCGGCCGGCGAGGUCGAGCGCCUAGUGUCGGACCUGAGCGGCGGGACCGGAGGGGAUGAGGAGGAAGAGUGGCUCUAUGGCGGCCCAUGGGACGUGCAUGUGCACAGUGAUUUGGCAAAGGACCUAGAUGAAAAUGAAGUUGAAAGGCCAGAAGAAGAAAAUGCCAGUGUUAAUCCUCCAUCUGGAAUUGAAGAUGAAACUGCUGAAAACGGAGUACCAAAACCGAAAGUGACCGAGACUGAAGAUGAUAGUGAUAGUGACAGUGAUGAUGAUGAGGAUGAUGUUCAUGUCACUAUAGGAGACAUUAAAACCGGUGCACCACAGUAUGGGAGUUAUGGUACAGCACCUGUAAAUCUUAACAUCAAGACAGGAGGAAGAGUUUAUGGAACUACAGGAACAAAAGUCAAAGGAGUAGACCUUGAUGCACCUGGAAGCAUUAAUGGAGUUCCACUUUUGGAGGUAGAUUUGGAUUCUUUUGAAGAUAAACCAUGGCGUAAACCUGGUGCUGAUCUUUCAGAUUAUUUUAAUUAUGGGUUUAAUGAAGAUACCUGGAAAGCUUACUGUGAAAAGCAAAAGAGGAUACGGAUGGGGCUUGAAGUUAUACCAGUUACCUCUACCACAAAUAAAAUUACGGCCGAAGACUGUACUAUGGAAGUUACACCAGGUGCAGAGAUCCAAGAUGGCAGAUUCAAUCUUUUUAAGGUACAGCAGGGAAGAACUGGAAAUUCAGAGAAGGAAACAGCACUUCCAUCUACAAAAGCUGAGUUUACUUCUCCUCCUUCUCUAUUCAAGACUGGACUUCCACCAAGCAGAAACAGCACCUCUUCUCAGUCUCAGACAAGUACUGCCUCCAGAAAAGCCAAUUCAAGCGUUGGGAAGUGGCAGGAUCGAUAUGGGAGGGCCGAAUCACCUGAUCUAAGAAGAUUACCAGGAGCGAUUGAUGUUAUUGGUCAGACUAUAACCAUCAGCAGAGUAGAAGGAAGACGACGGGCAAAUGAAAACAGCAACAUACAGGUUCUUUCUGAAAGAUCUGCUACUGAAGUAGACAACAAUUUUAGCAAACCACCUCCGUUUUUCCCUCCAGGAGCGCCUCCUACCCAUCUUCCACCACCUCCAUUUCUUCCACCUCCUCCAACUGUCAGCACUGCUCCACCUCUGAUUCCACCACCAGGUAUUCCAAUAACUGUACCACCUCCAGGUUUUCCUCCUCCACCAGGUGCUCCACCUCCAUCUCUUAUACCAACAAUAGAAAGCGGGCACUCCUCUGGUUAUGAUAGUCGUUCUGCCCGUGCAUUUCCAUAUGGCAAUGUUGCUUUUCCCCACCUUCCUGGUUCUGCUCCUUCAUGGCCUAGUCUUGUGGACACCAGCAAGCAGUGGGACUAUUAUGCAAGAAGAGAGAAAGACCGGGACAGAGAAAGAGACAGAGACAGAGAGCGAGAUCGUGAUCGUGACAGAGAAAGAGAACGCACCAGAGAGAGAGAGAGAGAACGUGAUCACAGUCCUACACCAAGUGUUUUCAACAGUGAUGAAGAGAGAUACAGAUACAGAGAAUAUGCAGAAAGAGGCUACGAGCGGCAUAGAGCAAGUCGAGAGAAAGAAGAGAGGCAUAGAGAAAGACGACACAGAGAGAAAGAGGAGACCAGGCACAAGUCAUCUCGAAGUAAUAGUAGACGUCGCCAUGAAAGUGAAGAAGGAGACAGUCACAGAAGACACAAGCACAAAAAAUCUAAAAGAAGCAAAGAAGGAAAAGAAGCUGGUAGUGAGCCUGCUCCUGAACAGGAGAGCACCGAAGCUACUCCUGCAGAAUAAGCAUGGUUCUGGGCCUUUUGUGUUAAUUAGUGCCAGAAAUAGAGCUAUAAAUCUUAUUUUUCUGGAUAAUGUUUAAGAAAUUUACCUUUGUUCUGUUAGUAUAAAAAGUUAACUUUUUUCCAAAAUAAAAUAGUGAAUUUUUCAUGUUAAGUUAAAAAUCUUUUGUCUUGUAAUGUUUAAAAAAUAAAAAGACAGCAAUGACUUUAUAUCCAAGAAAGUAAUGUGAAUGGGUCACUCAGCAGGGAAUUUUGAGAGCUACAUACAGCUCUUUAAAGCUAAAAACAAAUGAUUUAUUACUUAUGUACAUACACAGUAUCUGAUAAAGGUCAAGGGUCUACCUUGGCCAUAGUUUUCUUGAGCUGAUCAAAUACCAGUCUCUUAAGGGGUUGCAGAGCAAAAGUGAUAAGGCACCACUGAAUCUUGAGAUUAAAACUAGUCUUUAUCAUUACUACUGUGGCACUAUUGCUUGUAUACAUUUUUGAUAUCACGACUUUUUGAUACGUUUUCAGUGUUCACAGUUUGGGUUCGUGGUGAAACUAAAUGGAGCACUUUUAUAUCCAAAUUAAACUCUGUAAGGCAUUUGGGUGGCCUGUGUGAAAUGCUUAGUUUCUUGCAGGCACAUGUACAAACACUCGUCAGUGUGACACAAAUUUGGAUCGCCUCAUGGCCAUCUGUAUGAUCCAGGGUCAAGCUGGUGUGGCCUUCCUGGAUGCUUUUUCGAAGGCUUGUUGGUUGAGCAGGAUGUGGAGUUUUAUACAGUUACUAGCUCUAUUGUGAAUAAAAUAAACUUAAUGACAAGAGCUUUAGAUUAGUCAUUUCUUAUCAAAACUAAGAAAAUACAAGUUUAUGAUUCUGAGAGCAUUUUUAGGGAUAGCUCUAGGAGGUGUUUGUCAUUGAUUGUAACAAAUAGCAUGAUACCCAAAAGAAUGAAUUACUUGGAUUUUUAAAUAGUGACAAUAUAAAUGAACUUUAAUUAGUAUCACAUACUAAAAGACAACUAUAAUUUUUAAAAAAUAUUUAUUUCUCAUAUGAUGAAAGGAACAUUUUUCAGUAAUGCACGUCUAAAAUCCUCAGGCUUUAAAGUUUUUUUUUUAAUGCCCAUAAUGUGCCCAUUGCAGACCUCUGCAUAUACCAGAUUUCUUAAUUGUAUGAUUUGAAUUCAUGGGGCAUACAAACCAUUUCAACUGUUUAAGGGCUUUUUCUUGAAUAGAAAAAUAUAAACUUAAAGCUAUGAAGUAAUGAGAAAUUUUCCAUACUAAAUAAAACUACUAGUUUUCAUAUUUUGAGUUAGUUUUUCUGAAGGUGUCAUUGCCUUUCAUGAAAUCAUACUUUUCCUGACAUUGAGUUUUACAUUUUUUAUAAUGUAUCCUUUUAAUAUAAAAAUUGGUAAGAUAAAUAUGUUAUUUCAACUUAAUUAGCCCACUUGUGAUUUUCUGUUUUUCUAUGACCUCAUCACUGAUUCUAUAAAAAAGUGCCAGGCCAGGAAGCAAUCGUGAGAGUAAUUCUUCCUUUAAGUUCUUUCAGCAUUCUUGCCAAGCAAGCAUGUAUCAUUCCUGAUGUACUUCUACCAUUGACAGCAAGAAGAAUAUCACCACAUCUGAAAAAAAAAAAACAGAAAACAAGAUAAAAAAUUUAUAUUUUAAUCCAUAGCUAAAGUUAAUCAAAGUUUAUUUUGGUGACUCUGGUUUUUGAUACAUCUGUCAAUUUUAAUGAUAUUACUUCUAAUUAGUUUUUUUCCCCCUCCUCACUUAAAUUCUCCAAACCCCCUAUCCAUUCAGCUUUUGUUAGAAACAAUGGUAAAAGCGGAGGAAGUCACACUAUGGAACAAAGAGUAAGUAUAAUCAAUCACUUUGGAUUUCUUAGAAAUUGAAUACUAUAGGAACGAAUCUCUUAACUGGGUGGGGGGGAGGUAUGGUAAAUACAUGCCUUAUUUCAGAAGGGGCCAAGUUUUUGCAUGUAUAAAACAAAAUACCAAUAUUUGGAUACAAAUUUUUUUUACUAAGUAGUCAAUAUCAUUACCGAAUUCUUCCAUCAUUGUAUGCCGGUGUUCCUUCAACAAUGGAUUUGAUAAAAAAAGGUUUGUUUCCAUUGUAUUCUUCAUAACCUCCUACAAUGCAGAAGCCUAGACUUCCAGCUGUGUUUCUUCGUAGUAUAACAUCUUUACAGUUAUACAGAUACCUGAAAUAGAAUAUAUCCAGUGUGUAAGUUUAAUUAUUAGAGAAUAAUUAUUGUGAUUCAUCACCUAUUCCCUUUAUUAUUAUUAUUUUUUAAGACUAAUGGCCUUGGGGUCACACUCAAAAUUGUGUCAUAGCUUGGUGACCUUUGUACUGUCUGCUGGCUUUUUCUAAUCGAAUCUGUUUUCCACAGCAGAACAUGCUUUUUUUAAAAAAACACCAUCACACUAUGUUCUGUUUAUACUUCAGCUGGGAAAGAUAAUCCUAUUUUGGGCAUAAAAAAGACUUAAUGUUCAACUUGUAUUAGCAAAAAGUUGGAUAUGCCUAAAUCCUUAUUGGUAAAACAAAUUCAAACACAUUUGUGGACAUCUGACAUUUAUUUGUGGAUAUCAAUAAUUUUUAAUAGAAGCAAAAAUCCUUUGAAUACAUAUUAACCUCAAUGAAAAAAAUUUAAACCUAACCCUAAUUAAUGAACUUGCAGAGGUUUUUUUGACCUGUGAAAAAUAACAGUUUAUAUUUGUUUGCUAGUUAUAGAAGAGCAUGCCGAUAUAAAAUGAAUGGAAAUUUAGGUACAUUUAAAGAUUAUAAGAACAGUUCAUAUUGGGAGAAAAACACAAGCUGCCAGUAAACAGCAAAUUCUCAGCUAAAAAUAGAAUAUUAGAUUGAAGAAAGAAUUUUACUGCUCAGUGGCAGUUGGAUGAGUUAAUAGGUGCAGGCUAAGUGCAAACUGUUACAGUUAUGAUACAGGGGUAUGACUGGGAUGGGUCAGAUUUGACUCUUAAAUUCGCAUGUCCAUCCUAUGCGCAGCUGUAGUGCAGGAACUCAUUUGAAAGAAAAUUAGCAUUUUCCUGUUGGUAGAAGUCAAGAUAUGGCUGUUUUGUUUAUAAACUACGUUAAAUAUUUCUUGUGAAACAUUUUUUUUUUUAAGUUAUGAAGUUGGUAAUUACAUGUUACUGACCUUGCUAAUCAGUGUAACAUGUUUUUUUUUUUUCCAUGUUACAUGAUGUUGCUGACUCCCACAUAAAAUAAAAUAAGCUUUGUUUGAAUACAUUUAAAAUGUAGUGCUAAAAUUAAACGCUAUACCCAGUUCUGUAUCCAUUGUCAUACAUAUUCAGAUCACAAUAAUCAGUUUCUUUCACUAAAAUAUAAAACUACAUUCCAAUAAAUGAAAACAAAAGAAUUACAAAAAUUUCAUUCAUUUAAAAUGCUUAUCUUAUACAUAAACAAUUACUGUUACAUGUAUAAAUUUUUGUUUCUCAAUUAUAACUAACUUGAAGUUAUGAGAAGCAGCCCAGUAUUAAAUGCCUCUGCACACUUUGAACAAACACCACAUCUAGCAGUGUUUAAGGUUUUUAAUGUGACAAGUGAGGUUGUUUAUUUGUUAACUUACCUAGGUUGGCUUUUCAAUAUUGCUACUUUCAAUGGAUAAUGGAUAUCCAAACUAUCUUUCUACUACAUUAAAGAGUAGAAAAACCAGUCUCACAGAUGUGUUCAUGGGAACAAAAGAAUUGUAAAGCAAUUUCAGUAAGCUCAGUAUUUUUAACUUUUAUCUAGAAUGAAGCAGGUGAUGCUGUAACUUCAAAAUUCAUUUUAAAUUCUUGAUUGGUAGCCAGUUCCACCCAUUUAUCCUGUAAACUUAUUAUAGUCAAAUUUAAAUUCUCUCUCAAUGAAAUGAAUUCUGGAUCCAUGAAUUUCCUUUUUGUUGAUCUUCUUUUCUGAAAACUGAAACAUUCUAUCAAAUUUAUAAAAUGUUUGCAUCAAAUUUAUCUUCUUAUUGAUAAUUGCUAAAUUAUAUCAUAGUCUAUGAAACUAUUCUUAAAACUUCUUUAAUUUUGCCCUUUGAUCUUAGGUAUUGAAAAAUACCUCAUAUUUUUUGCAGGAGUUAGUUAUAUUAAGAUCAGUAAAAUUACUGAAGAAAAUCAAAGGAGCAGGUUUGGCUUAUCAUUUCACAUCUAAAAAAGUGAAUUAACCAAGCUGACUUCUUACCUUGCAAAAAAAAUGUUAGAUCUAUGGUUCAAACAUUUUUGACAACUUUUCUCCUUUUAGAAAAGUAUGCCACAAUGUUUUUCUAAAAACUUUUUUUGGUAACAUAGAACAUAAAAUUUUCAGUUUUAACCAUUUUUAAGUUUGUAAUUCAGUGGCAUUAAUUACAUUUGUAAGGUGUACCAUCUUUACCAUCCAUUGCCCCAAACAAAAACUCCAUACCCGUUAAACAAUAACUUCUGAUGCCUCCUUUUUCCUGACCCCCCUAGUAACCUCAAAUCUAUUUUCUGUCUGUAUGAAUUUGCUUAUUCUCAAUAUUUCAUCUAAGUGGAAUCAGCAAUAUUUGUCCUUUUAUUUCUGGCUGAUUUCACUUAGCAUGUUUUCAAGUUUC